GUAUGACCUACCCGCUUGACUCGCAAUUCUUUUUUUUUUCGUGUUUGCCAUUUAUUAGUCAUUUAGUCCUCUCUCAUACUCUUGAGUCUUCGUCUUUGUCAUUCACUGUUUACUUCCUUCAUCAUCGGCAAAAAAAAUUGUGAAUGAAUAGCAAAACCAACAACACUCUAUCAGUCCAAACCUCGCCGUCUUCGAUGAGGACGGCGCCGAUUCUUUCUCUUAAAUUCGGGAAACUUGUUACAUUCCGUGAUCAGAAAGGAGGAGCCACAGAAACUACUAUUUGUUGGUUUUGAUUUUAGUGAAAUAUAAUAUUGAUCCGUGAUUGAAUAGUCCAGCGUGUCGUGUGCAUACGUUUUGAUAAUGAAAAUGGAGGAUUUUGUCUUGAGUGAUGAUGAUGAUUAUUCUUAUUAUGAGAAUGAUGAUGACGAUGAGUCUUUGGACGUGUUUCAAGCCCUUGACGGUGAGUUGCUGUUUCCAAUGGCGAAUGGUCCUUCCUGCAAGGUAAUUACCAAAGAAACUUUAUUGUCUGCACAGAAAGAGGACUUGCAAAGAGUGAUGGACUUGCUGUCACUGAAGGAACACCAUGCAAGAACCUUACUUAUUCAUUAUCGAUGGGAUGUUGAAAAGGUUAUGGCUGUGCUUGUAGAGGAUGGGAAAGAUAAGUUAUGCGCUGGAGCUGGUGUGCCUGUUAUUGGACAUGAUCUGUCACAGAUUUCAUCCACACUGAUGUGCAGUAUUUGUUUUGAGGAUGUAGCUGCAGAUGAGGCAACUGUGAUGGACUGUGGUCAUUGCUUUUGCAACAAUUGUUGGAUCGAGCAUUUUAUUGUGAAGAUAAACGACGGCCAAAGCAGACACAUUAAGUGCAUGGCAUACAAGUGCAACGCUGUCUGUGAUGAUUCGAAAAUCAGAUGUCUAGUUGGUGGGAGGUAUCCUAGUCUUGCGGAGAAAUUUGAUCGUUCUCUUUUAGAAUCAUAUAUUGAGGACAAUAGAAGAGUUAAAUGGUGCCCCAGUGUCCCUCACUGUGGAAAUGCAAUAAGAAUUGAAGAGGAUGAACUUUGCGAAGUUGAAUGUGCAUGUGGUGUCCAAUUUUGUUUUAGUUGCUUGUCUGAAGCUCACUCACCUUGCUCUUGUCUAAUGUGGGAACUCUGGUCCAAGAAAUGCCAUGAUGAGUCUGAGACUGUUAAUUGGAUAACAAUCCACACGAAACCUUGUCCAAAAUGUCACAAGCUGGUUGAAAAGAAUGGAGGGUGCAACUUAGUAUGCUGUGUCUGUGAACAAGCAUUUUGUUGGCUAUGUGGCGGUGCUACCGGCAAAGAUCAUACUUGGACAACCAUCGUUAAUCACAGCUGUGGGCGGUAUAAAGAAGAUUGUAAAAAGAAAGCUGAGGUUGCAAAGAGGAGCCUGGAUCGUUACAUUCACUACCAUAGUCGAUACAAAGCGCAUGCUGAUUCUUUUAAGCUAGAAUCUAAACUAGAAGAAGCCAUUCAAGAAAAGAUAACAAAGCUGGAAGACAGGGAAUCUACUUCUAAAGAUUUCAGUUGGGUAAUGAAUGGGCUCUACAGGCUAUUUAGGUCAAGGCGAAUUCUUUGCUGCACCUACCCAUUUGCCUAUUACAUGUUUGGCGAUGACUUGUUUAAAGAUGAAAUGACAGAGGAGCAAAAGGAACUUAAGAAAAACUUGUUUGAGGACCAACAACAGCAGUUCGAGGCAAAUGUUGAGAAGCUUUCAUCAUUUUUAGAGGAAAAUUUUGAUGAAUACACGGAGGACCAAAUUAGGGAUCUGAGAAUGAGGAUCAUCUGUCUUUCCGUUAGCAUUGGUACUCUGUGUCAAAACAUGUAUGAUUGCAUCGAGAAUGAUUUGCUGGGUUCCCUGACGCAGGCAGUUCACAGAAUAGCUCCCUACCAUUCAAAUGGUGUGGAGAAAGCUUCAAAACUUCCUAGUUGUUGGGACACUGACUGAGGUCUAAUGGUACUGAUGUUAGGUCCUAGUUGUUGCCCUCUGGAGUCAUGGCCAAGUUGAAGUUAUCAUCUUUACAAUACUAGAUAUUCUUUUGUCAUCAGUUUUCACUAUGGAGAUGGACAAUUGACCAUCUUUCAAAAGUUUCUUGUGCAGAUACCUGUCAGUUGAAGCCAGUCAUUUCUAAUCCAGCUUCAGGUGUUAAAACUGAUGAUGGGUAGAUGUCUGUCUGAUUUGCCGCAGAUAUGAUAAUAUUGGAGGGAGAUUUAUUGGGCUCUUAUACAAUAUUUAUUGUUCAAUAAGGUUGCUCGUUUCGUUUCUUCAUAAAAUAAAGUGGUCCUUGUUAGAUGGUCA